AUGCAAUCCAUAAGGCUGACCCUUCGGGGCACUUCCAGUAUCCGCGCAUUCUCUACCUCCCGGAUGCUGCGGUCAGACUUGUCAUUCCAAGUCUACGGCCCGGAGAAAGAGGAAGCCGUCCGCAGCCCGAUAGUUUUCCUGCAUGGUCUGUUCGGCUCAAAACAGAACAACCGCAGCAUUAGCAAGUUGUAUCUCUCUAAGCGGGAGUUUCUUGCUCCUCGCACGCAUACAAGUGAUUUAACAACCCAUGAUAGAGCCUUGGCACGUGACCUUAAACGUCAGGUUUUUACCUUGGAUCUUCGCAACCAUGGACAUUCAUUUCAUGCGGAAGAGCACAACUACUCAGUGAUGGCGGAAGACGUGACCAAGUUCAUCCGUCAGCAGAAUCUGGACCAGUGUGUCUUGAUAGGCCAUUCUAUGGGCGCCAAAACCGCCAUGACCGUUGCUCUUGAUUCCCCCAGUCUGGUCUCGGCACUCAUUCCGGUCGACAACGCUCCAGUCAAUGCUGUGCUCAAGAGUGACUUUGGCAAGUACAUCCAAGGUAUGCAGCAUGUCGAAGCAGAGAGAGUCACCAAGCAAUCCGACGCGGAUAAGAUUCUUCAGGAUUACGAAGAGUCACUCCCCAUUCGUCAAUUCCUCUUGACCAAUCUUGUCCGCUCCGAAGAGGACAAAACAAUGAAGUUCCGGGUGCCACUCGCGGUGUUAGGCUCCUCUCUCGGAAGCAUGGCCGACUUCCCGUAUCUAGAGCCUGGCUCUGUCAGAUACGACGGACCAACGCUGUUCGUUAGAGGUACAAAGAGUCCAUACGUCAGCGAUGAUGCCAUCCCAUCUAUCAAGAAAUUCUUCCCCAACUCUCAGAUAGCCGAUGUGGAGGCUGGACACUGGUUGAUCUCCGAGAAUCCCGAGGCUUUUAGACAAGCGGUUGUAAAGUUUCUACAAAAGACACCUUAG